GGCGCCGUGACGUCACCGCGCGGCGGCUACGGCGGCUGAGGAGGCGCCAUGAUGGCGGCGGCUCCCGCGGCCUCCGCCGGGGCCUUGGUGCCCGUGGCGGCCGAGAGGGAGGCGGCGGCGGCCCGGCCGGCCCCCAAGAAGAUCCUGGACGAGGAGGCGUACAUCGAGAGUUUAGAGAAGAUCAUCCAGCGGGACUUCUUUCCCGACGUGGAGAAGCUGCGAGCGCAGAAGGAAUAUCUGGAGGCUGAGGAAAACGGUGACUUGGAGAAGAUGAGGCAAAUCGCUAUUAAGUUUGGCUCCUCGCUGGGCAGAUCGUCGAGGGACACCCCUGUGCCGUAUGUUACUCCAGCCACAUUUGAAACCCCAGAAAUGCAUCCAGGUGGUCUUCCACUGGGGAAUAAAUCCAAAGCUGGCAUCAAAGCUACAGAGGAAGGAGAAGCAGAAAAAGACGAUAAAGAUGCACUUCCCAGUUUGGACAGCUUCUUAGCAAAACACACGAGUGAAGAUAAUGCUUCAUUUGAGCAGAUCAUGGAAGUGGCCAAAGAGAAGGAGAAAGUCAAGCAUGCUUGGCUGUACAAUGCAGAAGAGGAGUACACCCAGCGACGAAAUGAAAACCUGGCACUUCCUUCAGCGGAGCAGCAAGCCCUGGAGAAUGUGAAAGCUGGGUUGGAGACCUGGGAGUACACUGCUCGAAACACCCUCAUGUAUUAUCCAACAGGUGUACCUGAUGAGGAGAAUACAUUUAAGAAGCCCAGGGAAGUUGUCCAUCGAAACACUCGGUUUGUGAAGGACCCUUUUAGCCAAGCCGUGAGCAAAUCCCAGCUCCAGCAAGCUGCAGCCCUCAAUGCUCAGUACAAACAGGGCAAAGUGGGACCAGAUGGGAAGGAGCUGAUACCCCAGGAGUCUCCAAAAGUGAACGGAUACGGAUUCGUGGCUACUCCCUCUCCUGCCCCUGGUGUGAAUGAGUCUCCUUUCAUGACGUGGGGUGAAAUCGAAACCACCCCUUUGCGUCUGGAUGGGUCGGAAACGCCAUAUGUGGACCGAACACCUGGACCAGCUUUCAAGAUCCUGGAGCCUGGGCGUCGCGAGAGGUUAGGACUCAAGAUGGCCAAUGAAGUGGCAGCUAAAAACCGAGCAAAGAAGCAAGAGGCUCUUCGAAAAGUCACAGAAAACUUGGCCAGCCUUACUCCAAAAGGACUAAGCCCAUCUAUGUCACCGGCUUUGCAGCGACUAGUAAACAGGACUGCAAGUAAAUACACUGACAAAGCCCUGCGAGCCAGCUAUACUCCUUCCCCAGCCCACACGGGAACGCCUGGUUACAAGACCCCAGCAAGCGGGCCUCAGACACCCACAGGCACCCCGCAGUCUAGGACAGUGUCUCAGACACCAGUCUCUCAAGACUCUACAUCGAUCACAGACAAUUUACUGCAGCUUCCUAAGAGAAGGAAGGCAUCUGAUUUCUUGUAAAUAUUCCAGUCAUCAGCAAGGCCGUAGCAAGCUGUGCUCAGCUGGCUGCAAGCUGGAUGUUGUGAGCCAUCAGUAGAAGGGGUGUCUAGGUACAGCUGCCAGAGCAGAAAGCAGCAGUUACUAGAUCUGGGAGCAGGUCUAGACUAUGUGGCUGAAGUAGCUUUGUGAUGUGCUUUUUGGAGGCAAAAUAUCUUCUGCUGUGGUAUAACUUCCCUCUGAACUGCACGGAUGUGUUACACGGGGCUGCUGUAUCGUAAGGAUGCUUCCUGCACUGGCAGAGAAGAGUCUGGACUCUUAGAAAACAGCGAUAAUUUUUUAAAGAUAUAUUUCUCUUUUUUAAGAUGGCCAUGCGUUUAAAUACAUUUCUGUACAGAUAUAUCUAUUUAUAAAACAUGGUAAGCCUUCCUAAAAGGUUGGACUGGACUUUCCUCCUGCUUGUCAAACUUCUCUGGUCUUGUGCUUUGCAGAAGAGAGGAUAUAACCAUGUAUAUAUUGAGACACGACCCAGAAUUUUAGAGGGCUUCUGUUUAAUGUAAGUGGAGUUCAAACUGAUGCUCCUGAGUGUACAGUGGACCUGUCAAGAGAAUUGUUACGUUGUGAAAAAAGUAUGCAUGCGGUUCUAGACAUCAGUUCACACUUCCUAAUAACCUGCACUGUUACUUACUGAAUUCUGCAGCUGGUACAAUCAGAAACUUGAGAAACGUGUGAGAGGUGUGUCAGUCAGCAGCACUGUGACCUGAAAGUUUGCCGAUGUGCUUUUGACCGUAACUUCUGGUCCCUGCAAACCUUAUCAGAGACAGGUCUUUUAGAACAGCAGCGUUCGUUCAGCUCAGCAGAUGCACUGUAUUUUAUGUUUCUGUACUUUGUAAAGCAAAAGACGAGGACUAUUUCUUAAAGGGUUCAGAGAAGCUCAAGUUGAAAACCAGCAGUCCACAAGUUAGACCGAUUUUUAAAAGAAUCCAUUUGCCUUCUCUCCUUCCUGUUCUGCUGAAUUGGUUUUGGCUUCCUGGUUGUGCUUAGGCUUUUCCUCAUGCAGGCUUUGGGAACACUCACCGAUUUCUGCAGCUGGCGGAGAGGUAGGGGUUUGGGAUUUUGGAGUCUGCAACCAUGAGUGUCUCAAAACUUCAUCUAUACACAGCCUCUGUGAUGCAUCGGGCUGGAGCAAGUGGUAAAUAAGGUCCUUGCACUCUGUAGUCAGGUAUUUUGAUUUGGGGAAGGGAAUCCUGUGUUGUUUCUGAAUAUAGAUCAUGUUUCUAACAUUAGAAUCAUCAAAGGGCAUUAGCGCGUAGACCAUUGUAUACAGGAUGACACCCAGGCUCCAUAUGUCCGAAAUCUUGGGGUCGCAAGGAAUGCCCUGCAGCACUUCAGGGGCUGCAUAUGCAGCAGACCCACAGAAGGUUUUACUGAGAAUAGUUCUCCCAUUUUCAUCCCGAGACAAGGAUUUGGAAAAGCCAAAGUCUGAUAACUUGACAUUUAGGUCUUUGUCGAGAAGGAUAUUCUCACAUUUCAGGUCCCUGUGAGCAAGGUCUGAGUCAUGGCAGUACUUGAUGGCAGAAGCCAACUGCUGGAACUUCAAACGAGCAAAGUCCUCCUUCAUGGCUCCUGUGAUCUUGAUGUAGUCCAGGAGGUCUCCCUUUACCCCCAGCUCCAUGAUGAUGUACACUCUCCCAUUUGAUGUCUCGAAGAUCUCAUAGGUUUUGAUGAUCGACGGGUGGUGCAAGCGUUUCAAAGCAGCUAUUUCCCUGGGAAGAAAUCUUUCCAGGAAGUCCCGAGGAGUUUUCCUCUUGUCAAUUAUCUUUACGGCCACGUUGCAUUUCAGCUUGUUGCAGUAGGCUGACUUCACCUUGCCGUACGAGCCUUCUCCCAGCGUGACACUCAGGCUGUAACCUUUCCUUUCAAGCACCGCAGCAUCAUCCAUGGUGGGAGAGCUGGGGGGAGCCGUGUGAGCUGGUGCUGGUGAGCAUCAUGCGCGGUGGCAGGUGGUGUGGCCACGCACCAUGGUGGCUGCCCGAGCUGCUGGCGAGCGGCCGGCCGGCCCGGCACCGGGCGCUGUGUGAUGUCACAGACAGCUCCCGCGGUCCGAACGGUGCUUCCAGUCCUGCAGAGCCCCUGGGUGACCUCAUCCGAGGUAAAAUGUGGAGGCGAGUCUGGGAGGCAGCGGUUGUCCUCUACCUUCUUCACAGAACAGUCUUUGUGUUCAGUUUUGCUGAUAGGGUCGAAGCAGCUUAAAUGUUUUUUUUUUUCUGAAAUGUACCUACAUCUUUUUACAUCUAACACCGUGUUAACCAGGCGCUCAGCUGUGCAGUAAAUAAUUUGGUAGACACAUUUGGGUGUGGGGAAUUUAUCUGUGGCAUUUAAAUGGGAAGAUGAAUGUAAACACACGGGGUGAACUUUAGGGGUAUCUUCCUCUUCAGUCUUCGGUUUGCCAGCUUCCUCCCCUUGCCCUCCUCCCCAGGGUAAUACGAAGGAAUUUUUCAUAAUGAUGUUCAGAAAAAAGCAUACAACUAUUGAAAAAAUGUCUUAAGUAACUUAAUUUAGUGAAGUAGAACUCUUAAAAUAUUUCCACUGCUGAAGGUUUCCUUUCUUACUUAACAGAUGGAAAUCUUAGCAAUUCUUUUGGUUCUUUUGAGUUUACAAAAGAUUGGUUGUUAAGUUUCUUAAAUGCUUCCAUUCCACAAUGGACCGGUUUUUGUCUUUGCAAUGGUUGUGUUCAAGAAUUGUGGUGGGUUUUUUGUUUGCUUGGGGCUUGGAAGGGCAGGAUGUGCCAUCCCUUAACUUCAUAUCCUUAGUUUUCAUUCAGCCCCUCCAUUCCGUAGGUCAUGAUUUUCUGCUUUUUGUGGGCUUUGCAUCUGGCUUUUUCUUAAACCCUUACUCAUUGGGAGGUUCUGACUUCUAGCUUCUGGUAUUCUUGAGAAAGGCUCCCAACAGCACCUUCUUCAGAGCUGACCGGAGGAUUCUUGUUGUUUUGUGUGUUGAUUGCUUUACUGACAUCAGCCUCUGGGGCUUUGUGUUGAUUUCAGCUUUUUCAAACUUGCUUUUUCAGCUUCCAUGUGUCUGACUUCAAAGACUUGAUGGCGAUGGGAACAACACAGGGCUAGGGACAACCGUGCAGUCCCUCCGCAUGGAUAACAUCAUCCUGAAGAACUGAAACAGUACUUCUGGGGCUUUUAAAAACUUUUUUUUCCUCCCUUUCUGGGAAACUUCUGGCUAAUCCUUAUAAUUAACCAGAAGGAUGAAGAGCAGUUCUAACCAUUUGGAGCUGUGCGUGUUCUAGUAAGAGCUGAUCCCUGAGCGCCUUUUGAGCAGGAAGCAGGCGUAGCCACAUGUGUGCCCUUCUUGCACCACGCCUGAGUACAAGACAGCCUGUGUAACACUUGGCAGUCUUGACGUUAGCUAUAAUCAGGUGACGUUUUACCCAGGGAAUAUCUGUGGAAAUUUUUAGGCAGCUCUUUGAGCAGUGCCUGCGGACCUCUGUAAGGUCAGGCAUGUUUGCCUUGUCCUGGUGGAGAGCUUCCUCUCGCGCGGUUUCCGCUGCCACUUCCAAAACUCACAUCCCUGAACAGGAAACCCUUCCAAGUGAACAGACUUUUUAUAGUGCACCUUGUAAAGAGGAACUGAUCAGUACGGCUUUGCUAGGGUUUGUGACUGCAUGAAAUGAAUAGUUUUUGGUUUCUUGAAUUUGGAAAUAACUGAGGGCUGAGUUUUUUCUUCGGGUAAACAAACAAAAACUCUUCUCAGAUGUUCACAAAUGAAUGUAAAGAGCAUCUA